CAAACGCCGACAGCGAAGGUCUCUGCCGGGAGAACCAGCCGCAGCCAGUUCAUAUCAUAAGACGAUUUAGAUUUAAUACUGUGAUCUGCUUAUGUAGCCGUACACUGCACGUUAUCGAUGCGACGGAGCUGAUAUAAGUGAGGAGUUAAUAAUAAAGUGACACGGAGAACCCCGCAGUUCGGGGUUGAACACUUGACUUGCUUUCCCUGCCAGCAUCACUCAGGCAAGGAGUAAUCAAGUCAAAAUGGAGAACCUCCUUCACCCCCACUGCCUUAAAUGCAUCAACAGAAGAUGCAUGGUGAGACCGGAGACUGGUGUUUCUUGUGACCUCAUUGGCUGCCCUCUUGUCUGUGGGGCAGUUUUUCACUCAUGCAAAUUAGAGGAACAUCGACUGCUCUGUCCUUAUGAAAGGUUGCCGUGCCUAAACAAUGGUUUUGGCUGCCCAUUUACUAUCACAAGGAUCAAGAUGGCCCAGCAUCUUGAAACCUGCCCAGCAAGUAUAGUAUGUUGUACCAUGGAGUGGAACAGAUGGCCGGUUAGCUAUGCUGAUCGCAAGUCCUAUGAAAACUUGAGCAAAGACUUUGAUGAGGUGGAGCAGCUAGACAUGGCUUUGGCUCUACAGGAUCAGAGGAUGCUGUUAGAGUCCUUGAAGGUCACCACUACUGUGUCAAAGAAUGGCGAUAAGCCAGUAGAUGAAAGUGAAAAGAUGGCAACAGCUUCAAAUGCACCAGAGACAGUGCUGGGUAAUGGGACUGUCGACAUGGAGGAGGAGCCAUAUAAUGAACUGUAUCGGGCCUCCGUGGAAACAAGCAGAAGUUUAGCAGCAGCGUUGGACCUCUUGACUAAUUCCAAAGACAUUGAAGUGAUUGUUGGCAAUUUAAAUGGGGAAAAGGCUGAUAAAAAUGGAGCUCUCCACAAUGGAGAAAAUGGUGAUAGCCAUGCCGAUUUCAUCACUGAGGGUGAGAAGAAUGUAGAUAUGCAAGAGAACGAGUCUGAUUCAGACUGUGAGUUAGGAGCAGUAGGUGGAGUUGACUGCGCAGUGGGGACAGAUGCGGAAGAAGAUGGCUUGAGCUGGGCAGAAGAAAAUGAUUUUGUUGAGUUAUUUUUUGAAGAGAAGGAAGAAAUUGUCAACGAGCCGGUGAAUCAGUCCGACCUUGCAUGGCCAGAAAUGCCUCAGGAUUACAUGCCUGUUGUAGCACUUGAACCACCUGUGCCUCAGCAAGCACCACUUCCACCACCAAUGCCAUUCCUGAUAUCUGAUCACGUUAGAAAUAACUUCCUGCAACAUUUGCCCUCUGAACUCAGGUAUAGGUGCUUAGAGCGUAAACUUCAGAAUGUGGAAGUGCUCAGAGGAAUAAGUAUGUUUACAUUUAAUGGACGUCGAGCUCUUCUGUCUGACCCUUUCUUGUUCCGGGCAAAGAUGGAGGACAAGGCAGUAGACACGUCUGACCUGGAAGUAGCAGACGAUCCUAUGGGACUCCAUGGUAUUGAUCUCAUCACUGCAGCGUUGCUCUUUUGCUUGGGUGACUCUCCUGGAGGCAGAGGAAUCUCAGACAGCAGAUUUGUGGAUGGUUACCACAUUGAUUUUGGUACGCAGACCUUUUCCUUUCCAUCAGCCAUUCUUGCAACCAACACCAUGGUGGGAGACAUUGCUUCAGCCUCAGCCUGCGAUCACGCCAGCCCACAGCUCUCCAACCCGAGCCCUUUCCACACGCUCAGGCUUGACCUGGUGCUCGAAUGUGUGGCUCGAUACCAAACAAAGCAGCGCUCCAUGUUCACUUUUGUGUGUGGCCAGUUGUUCCGGAGGGAUGAGUUCUCAUCUCAUUUCAAAAACGUUCACGGGGAUAUCCACGCUGGACUCAAUGGCUGGAUGGAGCAGCGCUGCCCCUUGGCCUACUAUGGCUGUACCUACUCCCAGAGACGAUUCUGCCCUUCUGUGCAGGGCUUCAGAAUCAUUCAUGAUAGACACUUGGGCUCUUUUGGUGUGCAGCCUGGUCUUCCUUUAAAAACUGGGGACAACCACCCAAGAAAAAGCUAUAAAUUUGGCUCUCAGUCUGAUCAGUUCAGUAGUCUUCCAUUUGAGGUGUUGCAACAUGUAGCAAGUUUCUUGGACAGCUUUAGCUUGUGCCAGCUGUCUAGAGUGUCCCGCACCAUGAGGGAUGUGUGUGCCAGCCUCCUCCAGAUGCGUGGUAUGGUCGUCCUGCUGUGGGACAAGAAACACUGCUCUGAUGGGUCGACUUCAUGGCAGAUCACAGACAAGGUGUGGCGCUUCAGCACAGCCUUCGGGACAGUGAAUGAGUGGAAGUUUGCCAACAUUGCUAGCAUGGCCGACCACCUCAAGAAGUGCAAGUUCAACACCAUCUCUCGGCGGGAAGAGGCCAUCCCUCUGCCGUGUAUGUGUUUCACAAGAGAGCUCACCAAAGAGGGGAGAUGUUUACGUUCAGUCCUCAAACCUGUAGCAUAAACCACUGAAUUCAGUUUGGGACAUUUGUGAUCGUCAGAACUCAGAGUAUUUUCCUCCAGUGUUUACAGAUGCUAAGAAAAAAAUGAGUUUUUCCUAACCUCAAAUACAAGCAGAAAUCCCUGGUUGGAAGUGACUUGUUCUUUGCUCAACAUUGGACAAAUCAUUGACUCCUUUUAAACGUCUGGGCCUUUGGUGGGGCCUGGUUUCUAUUUCAGCAGAGGCUGACUUGCUGCAAACACCGGGCCAGACUGUAAACAAGUGAAGUGCUAGCCUCUUAUCUCCCACUCUGACAGGGUUAUUAAUACCAGUGUACUGAAGACGUACCAUUAUCUACUCUGAUACUGUGUAAAUAGUCUGAUGUUUUGAUGCUUUUUUAUUUUUAUUUUUUUUUUUUAAAUCAAAAGUCAGUACUGUGCAACAUUGGUAAAGAUAAAGAGUAGAGCCUUAACUUACCAAACACUUGAUUCUUCUAGUUGUAAAGUUGUUCUGAACAUCCUGAACAUAAGAUUUCUCCACAGCUUCUAGCGAGAACAGUUUACUGGUGUGAUGCAUGGUUUUUGUAUGUGAUGCUGCCUUGAGUGACCACAUGUACAGCAUUAGGGCUGGGCGAUAUGUCAGACAAUAUAGUCCUGAUAUGUUUUUUUCCUAUAUUGAUCAGUAUUUAUCACAUUAGUAUCACAAUACAUAAUAGAACACUGUUUCCUGACAACGAAGAGCAAAGGUUCAUUAGUUAAACUUAAUAUUAUUAUUGACCAUAUUGAUUUGUCCAAUGUUAUGAAAGAUGUACUAUGUAUUU